AACAGGAUGAGACGUUGGAUAAGACCGCGGAUCUACUGGUGGAAAAUAAACCAAAUGAAUUCAGCAAAGAACGACAGAAAUAUCCAAACAGUGCAGCACAAACAAAUCUAAACGCGAUAACGGAAACUGCACGUGGUCCAUGGGAAGGUCCUGUAGGUCCAAGGCGAGCACAAAAUGGCCAUCUCGCAGCACAAGAGAACAAUCUAUAGAGCCAGAUCUUACAGAAACACCAGAUCCAGAGCGAAACGUGGAGACGUUUGAGAUGGGAGUUAUAAAAAGAGUGCAUGCUAGUGCCACCAGUGAAGAUCUUCUAAAGAAUAAAUCCCCUCAUUUUGACUGUAUGGAGGAGAAAAUAUCUCUAACGGAAGACCCUGCACCACCUGAUCUAAUCUUGACAGACCAUCAGAUAAGGGAGACAGAAGAAAGUCGAAUGGAUCUGAUACGGAAAAAGAAAGCAGUAGAGCGGAUGCAUUGGGACUCAACAUCGCUUGCUGUCUCCCAGGUGGAACAGAGGACGGAUCAGACCGAGCGCUUUACCCUGUUCGUGGUUGAUAAGCUGUUUCUAGACACUCCGAACUUUACAGGACCCAGCUUUGACAACAUGCUCGACGGUUAUGUACUAGACACGAAUGCAGGUGAUAUGACAGAUCAGGUCGAGGGUGAUCGCAAGAUACAAGAGCGUCCUGCUAUUCCUGACAUGGACCCAUCUGAAGAUGAAGGGUUCACAGUCAAGAUCCAGGCGCCUGGAACAGAAACCACUGACUUCCAGGUGUCGCCUUUAGCGAUGGUGCAGGAAAUCAGGCAGGUGUUGAUGGAUCGAGAAGAAACCUGUCGACGCACCUGCUUCUCCCUUCAGCUCAAUGGAGUCACACUUGACAACUUUACCCACCUUAGUUCCAUACCACGCCUUCAAGAGGGCUCGCUUCUGAAGGUCGUAGAGGAGCCAUACACCGUUCGAGAAGUGCGUGUCCAUCUCCGUCACGUCAGAGAGCUUCUCAAGAGUCUGGACAUCACCGACGGCUACAAUGGAGUGGAAGGGAGCUCACCAUCUUUUCUCAGCUAUUUCAUUGAGGAUCGGAUGGAAGAGGGCACCAUGCCUAAGCGAAAAAGCGAUGGACUGAAGUAUGCAGGUUGCUACCCUCCGGAGCACAUUCUUCCAGGCUGUAAGAAACGUUUGCUGAUGCCCCUGCAACCUCAGGCUAACUCUGGAAAGUUCACAGAGUGCCUGAAGGUCCUGACCAUGAGUAGCUGGAAUCCCCCUCCUGGAAACCGAAAGAUGCACGGAGACCUAAUGUAUCUCAGUGUGGUGACCAUGGAAGACAGACACUUUAGUGUAACUGCAUCGACUCGAGGGUUCUUUGUAAAUCAGUCUACAGCUUACAGCUUUAAUCCAAAACCGGCCAAUCCCAGCAUUCUUAGUCAUGCUCUACUGGAUCUCCUGGUUCAGAUCAGUCCCGUUUUUAAGAGGAAUUUCAGUGCCUUGCUAAAAAAGAGAGAGAGCACACACCCCUUUAAAAGGAUUGCCACACCAUUCCAAGUGUUCAGCUGGACCGCUCCAGCCCUUGAUCACACUUUGGACUGUGUUCGAGCAGAAGACGCCAGCUUCUUCCGCAUGGGUUAUGAAGAACAUCUGCCCGGACAGGCUCGGGACUGGAAUGAAGAACUCCAGAGCACAAGAGAACUUCCUAGAAAGAACCUGACCGAUCGUCUGAUGAGGGAUCGAGCUGUGUUUAAGGCUAACAGUGAUUUUGUGAGCACAGCAACUCGGGGGGCCAUGGGAGUGAUCGACGGGAACGUGAUGCCCAUCGACCCCAGUGAAGAACAGCGGCAGCAGAUAUUCAUCUGGAGCAACAUUUUCUUCAGCUUCGCCUCUGACGAACACGACCGAUACAGAGAUCUUGGAGGAGAGGCUGCCGCUCAUGCCGCCCCUGUGCACGACCUGAACGGCGUGAGGGCUUACUGGGCAGUGGAUCAAGAAGGCCUGUACCUUCUCGGCACAGUGGUCGUGGAUUACCGUGGCUACCGUGUCACCGCCACAACUAUCGUGCCAGGGAUUCUGGAGCGUGACAGAGAACAAAGUGUGGUCUAUGGCUCAGUCGACUUUGGCAAGACUGUGGUUUCUGAUAACAGGUAUCUGGAGCUGCUUGACAAGCCCAGUAAGAAACUGAGAGUACAACGUCAACUCGUGCUAAACAAAGAUGAUACGGCGGUAGAGUUGUGUUCCUCGGUGGAGCACAAGGGCAUUGUGGGUAAUGAUGGUCGUCGCUACCUCCUCGAUCUUCUUUUUACUUUCCCGCCUGACCUGAAUUUUCUUCCUGUGGAAGAAGAGGAUUUAAAUCCUGUGUGUCAACAGUUAGGCUUCCCAAAGCGACAUCCUCAUCACCUGGUUUGCCUGAGACAGGAGCUUAUUGAGGCCUUUGCAGAGCACAGAUACCAGAUAUUCAUAGAGACUGUCUCCCUAAGUCCAGAGCAUACAAAAGAGAUCAACAAAUCUCUUGGCACAUCUCCAAUAAAGAGCAAUUCAACUGCAACCCCUCAGCAUCCCAUAACAGCUGUCACUCGCUCAGACCCUGAUGCAGAACACCAUACACACCAGCCUGUGUCUGUCCACAACAUCCAACAGGAGCGUUCAAUCAAGCAUAUCUUCUCCUCUCUCAUGAACACUUUUGAUAUUCAUUUCAACCCAAAUGUGUUCUGUUCAGGUGUACGCUUUCCAAAGGAAAGUGCAGAAGAUAUUCAGAAACAGAAACGGCAACUAAAGGAUGCUGCAGAAUUCCUGUUAUCCAAUCAAGUCCCAGCUUUCGCUAAGAGUUGCCUUGACCACAGAGCAAUGCCUAUGGAUGGCAUGACGUUGACAGAGGCGCUGCAUCAGCACGGCAUCAAUAUUCGCUACCUGGGUACUUUGCUUGAGUAUAUUGAGAAGAUACCUCAGAAAGAAAGACUUGAUCAUGUCUAUAAAAUCGCAUUGUGUGAGCUGAUCACCAGAUGUGCGAAACAUCUCUUUAAGACGUAUCUUCUGGCAGUGGAACCCUCUACGCUCUCUUCAUCCGUCAGCCAUUUCCUCAACUGCUUCCUGAGCUCAUUCGCCGACGCCGGGGUCAUCCAUCUGAAUGACAGGUGGGCCUCCAGAUGCAGGAAGAGGCGGAUGCGCUCUAAAAUGGGCGAAACCAUCACGGCCUGGUCCAACCUCACUCCGUGUGACCUCUGGAAAGCCAUCGGAGCUGAAUCUCAGGAGUACUACCAUUAUGUCAUGCCAUGUGGAAGUGUGAAGGAAGCCGUGGAGAAAUGCAGUUUACAGAGAACCACGUUGCUCAGAGAGAUUGCCAUCAAAACGGGCAUUGAGAUUCUUUUAAGAGAGUAUAACUUCGAGAAUACUGUGAACAGAGCAGCGUUCACUGAGGAGGACAUCCUGAAUAUUUUCCCUGUAGUGAAGCACAUCACACCAAGGGCCAGUGAUGCCCUUCAUCUUCUGAGUUGUGGUCAGUCAAAGGUACAGCAAGGUUGUCUGAAGGAUGGCUGUGAGUUAAUAAGUCAGGCUCUGGAUCUCUUCACUAAUGUGUAUGGAGCUCUGCAUCAGGAUGUCUGUGUGUGUCUGCGGCUGCUGGGCCGGAUUCACUACAUCCUCGGAGACUACGCUGAGUCCCUCAGUCACCAGCAGAGGGCGGUACUGAUCAGUGAGAGAGUUCAGGGGAUCGAGCAUCCAAACACUAUACAGGAAUAUAGUAGCCUUGGGCUGUAUUGUUUUGCUGUUGGGCAGACAGCGACUGCUUUGCGACUGCUGUACCGAGCUCGCUACUUGAUGCUCCUGGUGUGUGGAGAGGACCAUCCUGAGAUGGCUUUAUUAGACAGCAAGAUAGGCCUUAUACUGCACAGUAUGAUGGCCUGUGAUCUUGCUCUCAAGUUCCUGGAGAACGCUUUUCUCCUGACCUCCAAAUACCAAGGAUCAUCGCCUCUUAAACUGGCACAAAGUCGCCACUUAUUAGCAAAGGUGAAUGAGAGCAAAGGAGAUUUCCGUGCCGCGUUGAGGCAUGAAAAGGAACGCUACGACAUAUACAAGAAACAGGUAGGAGAGACUCACGAGAAGACACGGGAAAGUUCAGAAUACCUGAAACAUCUCACACAUCAGGCUGUGAUUCUGCAGAAAACUAUGAACUGGCUCUACAGAACUGGCUCAGACCCUAAUAUUGCUCCACUUAAUCUAAACGCUCCAAGUCGGGCCUGGAUAGUGGAGCAACUAAAUCUUAUCACUGGCAUUGUCCUUAUUCCUCUCAGUAACAGCGACCUUGAGAAACUCAGGACCGACACUCAGAAAACAACACAGCUGCAUAAACUCCUACAAAAUGAUGCUCAGUCAAUGGAGGAUCUGCACGACUCGUCUGAGCACCUUGACACAUUGCAGGAUAUGACUCAAGAGGACUAAAGCUUAGUAAUUUAAGACUGUAUUCACGAAUGUGAACAAUAUCCGAAUGUAUCUCCGAAUAAUUAGUACUUUUCUAAGGUUAAGAUAUAUUGUUAUACAAUAAAAAUAGAAAAGGCAUAAGCAAACUGUACUUUACAUGCCGGAUGUCCAUAAAGUUUUUGAUGACUUUGAAACUCUAGAUGUUGAAGAUAGUACAGCACAGCCUUUAAAAAGCAUGAGCUACCUAGAAAAGGAUUUGCACAUUUAUAUACCUGACUCUCUGAGGUUUAUGUCUUAAUUCAUAUUUGUCUGUUUUGAAUGCAUUCUGUGGGCCGGUUUCCCAGGCAGGGAUUAUCUUAAACCAGGACUAGGCCUUAGUUAAAUUAGGAUAUUUAAAUCGUUUUAAAAUACUAACUUUUCAAAAAACGUGUGCAUCUUGAGACAAAACAAUUGCACUGAUAUAUUUUAAGAAAUGUCAGUGCAAGUUGUUUUCUAUCAAGACACCCAUAACAUUUAAGUUAGUCUAUGACUAAGAACAAACUCUGUCUUGGAAACUGCUCCUAUAUGUACAAGGGCCACAGAUAUACUUGUUAAGAGGGCUAAUGCAUGCAUUUCAUACUUCACUGACUUGUUGACUUGUUAUUAUUGCAUUGUGACUAAAUGCUUUCUGCCAACAGAAAUAAAGCUAAACACAGUUGAAUCUCA